AUGAGUACUAGUGCUGCUGCCACUAACGAUGAUAACAAAAAGGUUACCUUAAAAAGUUGUGACGAUGUGGAAUUCAAAGUAGAAAUACCAGUCGCAAGUCGUUCUAUCUUGCUCAAGAACAUGAUAGAAGAUGUUGGUGAAACUGAUCAAUCAAUUCCACUUCCAAACGUCAAUGAAAAAGUGUUAAAAAAAGUCUUGGAGUGGUGUCAACAUCACGUAAAUGACCCCCAACCUACGAAUGAUGAUGAUGACUCUCGUAGAAGAAAUACCGAAAUUGAUGAUUGGGACCAAAGAUUUUUAAGUGUUGAACAAGAUAUGCUCUUUGAAAUCAUUUUGGCCGCAAAUUAUUUGGAUAUUAAGCCAUUAUUAGAUAUCGGUUGUAAAACUGUUGCCAAUAUGAUCAAGGGAAAAUCUCCAGAAGAAAUUCGUUCCACAUUUAAUAUAGUCAAUGACUUUACCCCCGAAGAAGAGGAACAGAUUCGAAAGGAAAAUGAAUGGGCUGAAGACAGAUAA